AUGCCGGCAAACAAGACUGUCGCCGUGAUCGGCUCGCUGAACAUCGACUUCAUCACACGCACAGCAAGAUUGCCCCUACCCGGCGAGACAUUUGCCGCCUUGGGCUUUGACACCGGCUUUGGCGGGAAAGGAGCAAAUCAGGCCGUCGCUGCCGCACGUCUCGCGGGUGAGGAUGUCGUGGUCCGCAUGAUCGGCGCGGUCGGCGACGACAGCUUCGGGGAUGACUAUCUCAAGGCUCUUGGCGCGGAAGGCAUCGAUGGAAGCGGGGUGAGGAAGCGUGCAGGCGCGAAGACGGGAGUCACGAACAUUAUUGUGGAAGAAGCCACCGGCGAGAACCGCAUCUUGUUCGUGGCCAAUGCCAACAUGGAAUUUGCCGAGGAUGAAGAUCUCGUGAGCACGCAGGAUGCCGAGGUCGUGGUAUUUCAACUGGAAAUUCCCGUGCCAACUGUCCUGUUCAACAUGCGGAAAAGUACGGAGAUGCGCAAGCACGUCGUCUUCAAUCCUGCUCCCGCAGUCAAAUUGCCGGAUGAGGCAUAUCGAUUCAUGCACACUUUGAUCAUGAAUGAGACCGAAGCUGCCAUUCUCGCCGGCCAAGCAGAAAUCAACAACAAGCAUGCACUUCUUCAACUGGCUGGUGAGUUCUUGCGGAAAGGCGUAAAGGAUGCGGUGAUCAUCACACUGGGCGGCGAGGGACUUCUGUACGCUACGGCCUCUGGAGAGUCCGGUCAUGUUCCAGCACGCAAAGUCGAGGUCGUGGACACCACCGCUGCUGGUGAUACAUUCGUGGGAGGCUAUGCUAUCAUGCGAGCACGGCAUUCCGGUCCUGGCUUUGACUACCAGUCUGCGUUAAACUUUGCUAAUUUGGCGGCCUCGAAGACGGUAGGGAAGGCUGGGGCGAUGGCUGCCAUCCCACGCCUGAACGAGCUCGACUGA